GGAUCACGUCUCACAGCAGUGACUGGUGCUGUCAGCUUUUCUUUAACCAAGGCACAGUGACUACUUUAAACCGUUCAUUGACAGUUGUGGUCUUUAUCCCCUGAACUUCAUCAGCUCAGUGUCAAGCUAAACACUGUACAGUUCGUGCAUCAUGUCGAAUGUCAGUAAAGCCUCACAGAAAGGGGCCAGGGGCCACAACUCAACUGGCCGCUCCUCCAUCUCCAACGGCCUCAAAGAAAUUCACAUAGAUGAAGAAGUGAAGAUAGCAGUGAACCUCUCUCUGGAGAAAUUCCGCUACAGUGACCAGAAAGAGAUGGAAUUUCCCUCCUCCUUGUCCAGCACUGAGAGAGCGUUCAUUCAUCGUAUGGCACAGUCUCUGGGUUACAUUUCUAAGAGCAAAGGGAAAGGACUGAAUCGCUUCCUCACCAUCAGGAAGAAGAGCGGGUCAGACAAACCUCGGCCCGCCAUGGCCCUCACACUCUCCCACAAUUCCUCAUAUUUCAUCCGCAGCCUCCUGCAGAGGUUUCCCAUCACCAGUAAGGAACGCACAGACCUGCAGCCCAGCAGCAGCAGCAUGUCUGUGUCUGCAGAGUCUGACAACAGCUAUGACAAGAACAGAGCAAGUGGGCGCCUGAACAACGGCAUUCCCAUGGUGCCACGGAGGAGGAGUCCAUCUGACCUGGACUCUUUCAGAUGCUCCCUGCCUGUGCAUGAGCGCCAAGAGGAGAUCGUUCAGCUGAUCAAAGAGAACAGGGUGGUGCUGGUGGUGGGAGAGACCGGCUCUGGAAAAACCACGCAGAUUCCACAGUUCCUGCUAGAUGACUGCAGCAGGAAUGGAGAACCCUGCAGGAUUUUCUGUACUCAGCCCAGACGCCUGGCUGCCAUCGCUGUGGCUGAGAGAGUGGCAGCUGAGAGAGGAGAGAGUGUGGGCCAAACUGUGGGUUAUCACAUCAGACUGGAGAGCAGGGUCUCUCCUAAGACACUGCUGACCUUCUGCACCAGUGGAGUUUUCCUCAGGACACUGAUGGCUGGAGAUGCCAGCCUGACUACUGUCACACAUGUCAUUGUGGAUGAGGUACAUGAGCGUGAUGGUCUGACUGACUUCCUGCUCACUAAGAUGAGAGAUGUGUUACAGAAGAUCCCCACAAUAAAAGUCAUCUUGUCCAGUGCUGCUCUGGAUAUAGACCUGUUCCUCCAGUACUUUGGCUCCUGUCCUGUUAUCCACCUUAAAGGAAGACAGUUUGAGGUGAAAGAAGUCUUUCUGGAGGACAUUCUGAGGCUGACGGGCUUUAACAAUAAAGACCUGAAGAAAUACAAUGAAGAGACACAGAGAAAGGAGAAGAAGCAGCAGGUUUUGACAGAGUGGUGUAAGGCAGUGGAGAACAGUUCUGUGGAAGAGAAGCAGAGAAGAUCAGUGUCUACUCCAGACUUCCUCCAGGACAGCACCUUCAACAAACCAAGUAUGAAUGGUACAGAACAGCUGGAACCGUGGCUGCUGAAGGAGAUGGAUGCCUGCAUUUCUAACAUUUUCCUCAAUGAAGAUCAGGAUACCUUCAUUCAGCUCUUCAACCUCAUCCUCUAUGAGAAUGUUAACGUGGACUACACACACAGUGAGACAGGAGCCACAGCUCUGAUGGUAACAGCAGGUCGAGGGUUCCUCACACAGAUGGAGCAGCUGCUCAACAUGGGGGCCGACAUCAAUAAGAAGGCAUCCAAUGGAUGGACUGCUUUAGACUUUGCCCAACACUUCCAGCAGGCAGAGGCUGUGGAUCUACUCAAGUCCUCCAUUCCUCUAGGAGAGGUGAGCAGCAUGGAUGAGUCCACUCUGGCACAGUGUGGCAGUGAAGAGCUGAGCGCUGAAGACCAGGAGCUGCUCAAACUCUACCACCAUUCCUUUGAUGAUGAGUGGGUAGAUCUUGACCUCAUCAUGGACCUGCUGAACAACAUCUGCUCUACCUCUACUGAUGGUGCUUGUCUCAUUUUUCUUCCUGGAUAUGAUGAGAUUGUGUCACUCAGGGACCGCAUCCUCUACGACGAUAAGAGAUUCUCCACACACUCUGAAAGGUACCAGGUGUUCACUCUACAUUCAGACAUGCAAACCCUGGACCAGAAGAAAGCCAUGAAGACCUCUCCGCCUGGUGUUAGGAAGAUAAUUCUUUCUACUAACAUUGCUGAGACGAGCAUCACCAUCAACGAUGUUGUUUUCGUCAUUGAUUCAGGAAAGGUCAAAGAGAAAUCCUUUGACACCCUCAGUCAUGUAUCUAUGUUAAAGACAGUUUGGAUCUCUAAAGCCAGUGCUCUACAAAGGAAAGGAAGAGCUGGCCGCUGCAGACCAGGGAUUUGCUUUCACCUCUUCAGUCGACUCAGGUUCAACAACAUGCUGGAGUUUCAGGUUCCACAGCUGCUGCGGAUGCCUCUGCAGGAACUGUGUCUGCAGACCAAACUGCUGGCUCCCACUUCCUCUCUAGUGGCUGAAUUCUUAUCCAAAGCUCCACAGCCUCCGUCUGCACAUGCCAUAAGGAACGCUGUGCAGAUGCUUAAGACAAUAGAUGCUAUGGACCAGUAUGAAGACCUGACUGAUCUGGGCUACCAUCUGGCUGAUCUACCUGUGGAGCCCCACCUGGGCAAGAUGGUGCUGUGUGCGGUGGUGCUCAAGUGUCUGGACCCCAUUCUAACCAUUGCCUGUACUCUAGGGUAUCGUGACCCCUUCAUUCUUCCUGCCCAAGGCUCUCAGAAAAGAGCUGCUCUACACUGCCGCAAACGCUUCACUUCCAGCACCUUCAGUGAUCACAUGGCCCUGCUGAGAGCCUUCCAGGCAUGGCAGAAAGCCCGCAGUGAUGGUUGGGAGAGAUCCUUCUGUGAGAAGAACUUUCUGUCUCAGGCCACCAUGGACAUGAUACUUGGCAUGAGGACACAGCUGCUUGGACAGCUUCGUGCCAUCGGGUUUGUGCGGGCUCGGGGGGGCAGUGACAUCCGUGAUGUGAACCUGAACUCUGAGAACUGGGCUGUGGUGAAAGCAGCCCUGGUGGCUGGUAUGUAUCCAAACCUGGUCCAUAUUAACCAGGAGACAUCCCUGCCCUCCAGUAACACAGAGAAGAAAGUCCACUUCCAUCCCACAUCCAUUCUCAGUCAGUCCCACUCCAAGGAGAACAACUCAGCCAGGUCAGUCCAGGCCCUUCCCACAGACUGGUUGAUCUAUGAUGAGAUGAGUCGAGGUCACAGGAUGGCCAGUGUCCGCUGUUGCUCCAUGGUGACUCCCAUCACUGUGGCCAUAUUUGGAGGCUGUGCUAAACUUCCCAGCUCUGCACUGCAGGAGCCUGCUCCUCAGAAAGAUAGUCCACUAGAUGAGCUGAGUGACAGUGACACAGAGGACCUGUCUGAGAUGAGGAUUGAUGACUGGCUUGUUUUCCAGUUGGACAGAGAGGCAGCAGGACUGGUGUUUGAACUGAGGCAGAAGUGGCAGAAUCUGUUCAUCAAGAGGAUCCGCUGUCCUUCAAAGCCUUGGUCUCAACAAGACGAGGCCAUCAUCCGAACCCUGGUUUCUGUGCUUGCAGCAGAGGAGCAGGGAGCAGGCCUACAGCAGCCCACAGGGAUUGGCCAGAGGCCCCGGCCCAUGUCCUCAGAGGAUGGGCCCCAGACUUUUGUGAAGAAUUCCAAGAGUAACCCCCAACCACUCCCUGACACCACCGAUGACAAGUUGUCUAGAACGUCUUCAGCUUCAGGCCUGCAUCAAAAGAAAGUCCACACCAGAGACGAGUCUUUACUGCCCAUGAAUCAGCUGUCCGAUGACCUUCUCUCCUCCAGCAAUUCUUCCUGCUCUGUGAGCAUGGACAGUCCCUCUGACAGCCCCUGUCCCUCCUCUUCAGGAAAGCACUGCUCAAUGUUUCCUCAGCUGGCCUUUUCAUCAGUGCGCUACUUCAUCAUGAAGAGCAGCAAUGUCAGGAACAUAGAGAUUUCUCAGCAGAAAGGGAUCUGGUCCACCACACCGAGCAAUGAGACCAAACUCAGCAAGGCCUUCCUGGAGAAUAACUUCAUCAUCCUCAUCUUCUCUGUUCAGGGCUCUGGAAACUUCCAGGGCUACGCUCGUAUGGUGUCGGCCAUUAGUCGGGAGAGCUGCCAGGACUGGGGGUUCAUGGGACUGGGAGGGGUUUUCAGUGUGGAGUGGAUCCGCAAAGAGAGCGUUCCCUUCCAGUGCACCCAACACAUCCUCAACCCAUGGAACGACCACAAGAGAGUCCAGAUCAGCAGAGACGGGCAGGAGUUGGAGCCUCAGGCAGGCAGCCAGCUGCUGUUACUGUGGGAAAGGAACUCUGGCAAUUAACAGAAGUUCAGCAUCACCACCAUCAGUACAUCUCUCUGCACUACACACUGAGAUUACCCAAAAAGUUGUCUUUCUUGCACUACCACAUCUGGAUCAAGCUACCUACUAUUACUUACUUUAAACGGUACAAGGACUGCAAGCUGUAGCAAGUCAGCAGAACAAUGUAAGAGACAGUGAUGCGUUUGAAUGAAUUCUCAACGUCUUCUCAUCUGUUUUGUCUAUUUAAUAAGCAACUUUUCAUUCAGUUUUUAUUCUUUAUAUGCACAAAGUCAUAUGUUCUUAUUAAACAAUAUGUUGACCAUAAAAUUGGAUCCUGAUAAGCUGAAAUGUUCUGACACUUUCUGACAUGAAUUAGAAUGAUGAAACAUGUUUGUAGGUUUUUAUCAUAAUUUUGUCACUGUUCAUAGCUUCAGAAGCUCAUUUACAUUGUUGCAGCAUAUUACAGUUAAGAUUAUCAUUUUGUACAGUUAUUGUUACGGUAAUGUUUUGGCAGAGGAAAUGUUUUAAAUAAUAGUUACUGUUGUGACAGGUGCCUUAUUGACAUAAACAAAUUUUCUCUGCACAUGCUACUCACCAGUAGUUCAGCAGAAAGCAAAAGUAGACAUUUGUCACAAUAGUUUGUUUCAUGUUAUGUUAUAUAUGUUAAAGCUACAUUCUGAUGAUGGUGCCUUUGGACCAUGACUGCAGAGUCAGAGUGUAUACUGUAUAAAGUAUGUGACUCACAUUGUGAACGCUGCAAAAAAUUCUGCAAUGAAGACAGAAAAGAAUUUAAUAUAUGUAACAUGUGAACCUGAAAGUGUUAAAAUCAUCACAUAUUUUUCAGCUGUAAGAGCAAAGGGAUGUUUACUUUUUUACUUUGCAAAUAA